AUGAUAACGCUAUUUUCGCUAUCAACACUACCAAACACGUUGGUAGUGGGAAUCCCAUUGCUCAGAGCGAUGUAUGGAGACAUUUCAGGCAACUUAAUGGUGCAAAUAGUUGUGUUUCAAAGUAUCAUAUGGUAUACAUUAAUUCUCUUCUUGUUCGAGUUUCGUGGCGCUAAGCUUCUUAUCUCCGAGCAGUUCCCAGAAACCGCUGGUUCCAUCACUUCUUUCCGAGUUGAUUCUGAUGUUAUCUCUCUCAGUAGCCGUGAACCCCUCGAGACCGAUGCGGAGAUAGGUGACGACGGAAAGCUCCACGUGGUGGUCAGGAGAUCAAGCGCCACAUCAAUGAUCUCAUCCUUCAAUAAGUCUCACGGCGGAGGAUUUAGCUCGUCAUCCAUGAUCACGCCGCGAGCCUCAAAUCUCACUGACGUCGAGAUUUACUCCGUUAGCUUUAACCAGACAGAGUUUUACGCUAUGUUUAAUGCAAGCAAAGCUCCGAGCCCACGUCACGGCUACAGCAAGAGUUACGGUGGCGUAGGAUCAGGUCCCCGCGGAGAUGUUUACUCGCUUCAGUCGUCUAUAAGAGUGACACCUAGAGCUUCGAGCUUUAAUGAGGAAGUUUUUAAGACGAAGAAUGGAGGGAGAAGUAAGUUUCCCUACCCACCACCGAACCCCAUGUUUAUCGGGUCAACGAGCGGAGCAAGUAGAGUCAAGAAAAAGGAAAGUGAUGGUGGAGGAGGACAGAACAAGGAGACGAACAUGUUUGUGUGGAGUUCGAGUGCUUCUUCGGUUUCGGAAGCCAACGCUAUAACCAGAGGUGCCUCCACCGAUUCAUUCAUUGACCUUAAAGCCUCUCUUCCACCUAAUGACAACCUCGCUUCCAAAGCGAUGAAGAGUCUGAUAGAGAACAAGACACACGGAAGAAAAGGGCAUGUGGAGAUGGACCAAGAGGUUAAGAAAGGCAGUGACGUAGAAGACGGUGGUCUCGGAGGUCCGACGAAACAGCAAAUGCCGCCGGCGAGCGUAAUGAUGAGACUAAUACUGAUAAUGGUUUGGAGAAAACUCAUUCGAAAUCCUAACACUUACUCUAGUCUCUUUGGCCUUGCUUGGUCCCUUGUCUCUUACAAGUGGAAUAUAAAGAUGCCAACAAUAAUGAGUGGAUCGAUUUCGAUACUAUCUGAUGCAGGUCUUGGCAUGGCUAUGUUCAGUCUUGGUCUAUUUAUGGCAUUGCAACCAAAAAUAAUUGCAUGUGGAAAAUCAGUAGCAGUCUUCGCGAUGGCCGUGCGGUUCUUGUCCGGACCAGCCGUAAUGGCAGCCACCUCGACUGCAAUUGGUCUUCGAGGCAAUCUCCUCCAUAUCGCCAUCGUUCAGGCUGCUCUUCCUCAAGGAAUCGUUCCUUUUGUUUUCGCCAAGGAAUAUAACGUCCAUCCUGAUAUCCUAAGCACUGCGUAA